AACCUUUUGAAGAGCUGCCCCUGAAGAAGGAGCUUUUGCAGGGGAUUUACAUCAUGGGCUUCAACAGACCAUCCAAAAUCCAGGAGACGGCUCUGCCGAUCAUGCUGGCUUAUCCGCCCCAAAAUCUGAUUGCCCAGAGCCAGUCAGGGACAGGGAAAACAGCAGCUUUUGGCUUGGCCAUGUUGAGCAGAGUUAAUGCCGCUGAGAAAUACCCGCAGUGCCUCUGCUUGGCUCCCACCUACGAGCUGGCCCUGCAGAUCGGGCGCGUGAUCGAGACCAUCGGACGGUUUUGCGCCGACAUCAGGGUGACGUACGCUGUCCGGGGAAACCGAGUUCCGCAGGGCGUGCUGCUGGGGGAGCAGAUCGUCAUCGGGACGCCAGGGACCAUGCUGGACUGGUGUUUCAAACGGCGAGUCGUGGACGUGAGGAAGAUCACCCUGUUCGUGCUGGACGAAGCCGACAUCAUGAUCGACACUCAGGGCCUCUCCUGUCAAAGCAUCCGCGUUCAGAGGGCUUUACCCAAGGGCUGCCAGAUGCUGCUCUUCUCGGCCACCUUCAAGGAAACCGUGCGGGCGUUCGCCAUGCAAAUCGUCUCCAACCCCAUCGUCAUCAAGCUGCGUGAGGAAGAGCUGGCCCUGAGCAACAUCCGGCAGUACUUCUUCGUCUGCCGGAGCAGGGAGGAGAAGUACAGAGCCCUCUGCAACAUCUACGGCAGCAUCACCAUCGGCCAGGCCAUCAUCUUCUGCCAGGUAAGGGCGGCCCGGCGCGCGCGCGGCCAGCGAGGGCAGGAAUGGUUCGUUCUGCAGCUCAGAUGUGGGGCCCCAAAAUGGAGGAGCGGGGACAUGCCCUGCGUGUCCUUGCCCCUGGUGCCGCGUGAGGCUUCUCGCUCGUCGGCAUGGGCUUUGCCUUGUUCUGAGCCACAGGGUCUGGUGAAGAUUUUUGGGGUUGUUUAUUAUUAUUUUUAUUUCCCCCCCGAGCAGCAGCAGCGUCGGGUGCCUGCGCUGAGCAGCAUGAAAACCCACCAGGGGGAUGAGUCCGACCGCAGCCAAAAUUGGCCGAAGGAGCCCAGCGUGGGAUUUCCACGGGAUGAAAAAAUCCGAGCGGCUGAACGCCCAGCACCCCCCCUUCAGCUCUUUAAGCACCAACAAUUUAACUGGAAUUAUUUUUUCCCCCCUCUUCCUCCAGAGACCAAGAUCAAGCAGCUGGACCCGGAUGACAUGGACGAGCUCGAAAACCUUGAAAACUGAGUGAGGAGCAGGGAUUUGCUCCCCCGGAUCCCAGCUCUGGUUCAAAAUGGGAGGAAAAUCCCAGGG